AUGAGUCCGCCAACCGUCGCCGAGCUUGCAAAGCUCAUUGAUCAUUCUGUCAUUGACCCUUUCCACACCGAAAAUGAUCUGAGAGAGGGAGUCGCCCUAGCCAAGGAAUACGGCACGGGUCAGUUCGUAACGCAGCCUUUCCGCGUCAAGUUAGCUCGCGAGCUCUUGAAGGGCACCGAUAUCAAGCUCCAGACCUUUGUGGGUCUUCCCCAUGGAAGCGAUCACACUGCUGUCAAAGUUCUUCAGGCCUCCCUAGCCCUUGAGGAUGGGGCACAAGAGAUCGACAUGGUCAUCAACAUCUCUGCGCUACUUUCCGGAGAUGUCAAGUAUGUGGAAGAAGAGAUCAAGGCUGUCGUUGAAACAGCAAAGCGAUACGACGUAGUUGUCAAGGCCAUCAUCGAAGUCUACUUCUUGAACGAUGAGCAAAUCAAAACGGCAGCGUUGGCGGCAGAGCGGGCUGGUGUUGGCUUUGUCAAGACCUCGACGGGCACCAAACCAGACAGAGUGCCGGAUGUGGAGCGUGCGGUGAAGGUCCUGAGAUCUGUGCUCAAGCCCACGACAGUGAUCAAGGCAUCCGGUGGAUGCUACACGACUGAUGCUAUCGUGACCUAUUACAAGGCUGGCGCGAGACGAUUUGGCGCAUUUGAGACCGCGAAGAUUCUAGACGGCUAUCAGGAGCUAUUGCUCCGAGGUACGACAGGUCUAGAAUAG